UCUUUUCCCUUAAUUUACUACUGUUCUAGUCGAAGGCGCUGCUCGGAACUGUGUUCUUUAACACGCAAACUUCUAAAUUCUAACUAGACAUUGCUGAAUUUGCUGUAACCAAAGAGAAGAACAAUGAGCACCAGUAAAAGAGGGGCUCCGCCUGAUCCGGUGGCGGUGCUGAGAGGUCACCGCGCUUCCGUUAUGGACCUUUCUUUUCAUCCAUCUCAACAUUUAUUAUUCACUGCCUCAGCGGACGGCGAGUUGAGAAUUUGGGAUACAGUUCAACAUCGAACUAUUUCAUCUGCUUGGGUGCACAGUGCAGCCCAUGGCAUAAUAUCUGUUGCUACUAGUGAAUUGUUUGGCAAUGAUAAAGUUAUUAGCCAGGGUAGGGAUGGAACUGUUAAAUUAUGGGAUUUUAAAGAAGGAGGUCUAUCUCGGGCUCCUUUAGUUACGAUCAAGACAAACUCGUACCAUUUCUGCAAGCUUUCUUUAGUUAAGAAGAGGAAGCUUUAUGAUAAUAUGAGAGAGCAAGAGGCUUUGGCAACUGUCGAUACAAAUAUUUAUUGCGAUAGAAAUGAUUCAUCAAAGUGCUCAAGUGGCUUCCAAGAAGCCAAGCAUAUUGAUGGACCGAAGUGUGUUGCCAUUGCAGGAGAACAGUCUUCUGAGGUUGAGAUAUGGGACUUUAAUACUGCAGAAAGACUUUCACGGUUGGCUCAAAAUUGCUCUGGUGGCUCAUCAAGUGUUUCUACUCAAAAAAGAGGGAUGUGCAUGGCUGUUCAAGCAUUUUUACCAUCAGAAUCACAGGGGUUCCUGAAUGUGUUGGCCGGUUAUGAGGAUGGUUCUAUGCUUUUGUGGGACUUGCGGAACCCAAGUGUUCCUCUAACUUCAGUAAAGUUUCAUACAGAGCCAGUUUUAAGCCUAUGCAUUGAUGGAAGGUGUGCGGGGGGUAUCUCAGGGGCUGCUGAUGAAAAGAUUGUCCUGUUCAGUGUGGAUACCUCUGUGGGUUCAUGUGUGAUCAAAAAGGAGAUUACCUUGGAACAACCUGGUAUAUCAGGCACAUCAAUCAGAGCAGAUGGAAAAAUUGCUGCAACUUCUGGUUGGGAUCAUAGAAUCAGGAUAUAUAAUUACCGCAAAGGGAAUGCUUUGGCAAUCUUGAAAUAUCACCGCGCUACGUGUAAUGCGGUCUCCUAUUCAUCUGAUUGUAGAGUGCUGGCCUCUGCCUCGGAAGAUACUACAGUUGCAUUAUGGGAACUCUAUCCUCCUCAAUCUUGAAAUGACACAGUAUCUAUUGAUGCUGAACUGUAGUUUCUCGUUUUAAGAGGUCAUUUGCACGGUAUGUUAUUCAUUUCCUCAAUAUUUAUUUAUGUUUUCUCGGCAUGGAAAACAUCGAGGCACUUGCAUGCUAUGUUCUUGUCACUGUUGAUAUUGUAUAUCCAUUAUAUGUUUCAUGUAUUAAUAUAGUCAUUUUUUAUGCUGUUUAAAAAUUGGUGGCAGUAUACGAGAUUCUCAAGUUUAGUCUGGCUCCUAGGAAUGUCCCCUUGUUUAGAAAUUGUAAUUACAAAUAGAAUAGAUACAUAUGGCUCAGGGUGAGGAGAUGGGUUUAGUUAGGACUUGAAAUGCACAGACAAUAAAAGACUAUUUUUUUCAAUUAGCAAACUGUUUUUAUUAGGCACACUUGAUAUCAUUGUUUGGUAAUGGAAUAGGAAAUAAAAUCUCAUCAUAAAGUUAUAGUUCUAGAAUUCUUAAGUUUUGAUUUGUUAAACUCAUCGUAAAACAAUGAGAAUUCAUUAUUUUUUUUUAAUUUGGUAUUGUUUUAUUAUAUAUGGAAAUAGAAUUUAAGUUUUAACUACUAACAAAUAUCCAACUUCGAUCGAGUCCCGACUACACACCCGAAUCUCUGGACUCCGACUAUGACCCUGAUCCGAGUACGACCUGAGCUUCGACUCUGACUAAGUUCUGAUCCCAGCCCAAGUGCGGCGUUCAACCCGACCAUUGAUUCACAAACCCGACUCUGAGUUUCGAUCCUAAUCUCGAGCUCCGACCCUGAUUCCAACCCUAUGUCCCGAUCCCGACCCACGUCACAAGUCCAACCUUGACUCAAGUCUCGAUCAGACCCGAUGCCCGACCUAGAGCCCAACCCGACUUGAUUUUUGACUCUGAUCCUGAAUCCAGUUGGACUCCCAAAACAUGGUUAGAUGACCGUUGUUAACUUCUUAUAAAGAGAAUUAAUGUAAUUAUUUGUCUUUUAAAAUUCCAAGGGAUGACAAAACAAAUGAAAUCCUAAUACUGUUUUUUAUAGGUAUUGAUAUUCCAACUAUUUCUUGAAAAAGAUUUCUAAUGGAAUCCUAUUUUAUGAAUAACUUUCUUUCUUGAGAUAGCAAAUCAAAAAGUUGAAAUAUGAAUAAAAUUUUCAUUCCAAGAUUAUACAAUCAAACAUGCCCUUAGUGUUUUUUUUCUUCUUAUUCUCAAUAAGCUUAAUCAUUGAAAACUACUCUAAUUUUUUAAAUUUUUUCGUUUAUGGUCCAAACUUUCAAAAUCAUCAAUUUUAGCCCAUUUUUCAAUUUUCAAUUUCAAUUGUAGUCAUUUGUUUAAAUUGGAGUAUAAAAAGGUUAGAAUAUGCUCUUUAUGUUUGAUGGUAAAAAGGCAAAUUGGAUUAAUAUGAAGGGCAUAAUUGAACUUUUUUCCGCUCUAAUUUAAACAAAUGGCUAAAAUUGAAAUUAAAAUUUGAAAAUUGUGAUAUAAUUGACGAUUUUAAAAGUUUGGGCCAUAAAGAAAAGUCAAAAAGAUGGAUUAUUGUUGGAUGAUUAAGCCUUCUCAAUAUUGUCAAAUGUAGCAAAAUAUCAUAGAUCCCUUCUAGUUCCUGAUAGUAUAUAUAUCAGUUGUUGCGGAGGAAACUAAAGCCUAAACACUCCAAAUAUAAACCAACAAACUGAUAUUGGCCUUAUUUAUUUAGAGCAUCUAUAUGGUAAUUGAUGUGAAGUUUUAUCCCUCCCACGCAUUAAAUUGUUAAAAAAAUGAACGAAGGGCAACCCGAUUAACUUGAAUUUGACCGUCUUAAAAACAAUCUAUUUUUUAACAAUAGAGAAAAAAAAUCUACAACAUAAUAUUCUCAAAUUAUCAUUAGACUGCCCCUCUGAAUUAAAUUUAUUGGUAUGCUUAUUAAACAUUUGAAUUUCUAUCUUUUUACUGUCUUAGGCCUUUUCAAUUUGUUAUAGCAGUUUUAACAUUUCUGCAAACAAUUUUUCGAAGUUCUUGCAAGUGAAAUGCAUUACUGAUAUGUAUAUUACAUACGUAACCAAUAGACGGAACAUUUAGAGAUUGAAAAAUUCAACAGCAAACCAACAAAAUAUCCAUAGGGAUUUCAGCUGCUCCUGUCAAUGGCUUUACAGCUUGGUACCCACUAUUUUUUAUGUAUAUACUGAGAUAUUUGAUACUUGAACUUGGAAAAGAAACAAAAUCUGCAAGAAAAUGAAGAUAAAUGAUGGAGAAAGAUCGAAAGUGGUAGAACUAGCUAAGAUAAAGGAAGAGUUGAUGAAUUCUAAAGACAUAGCUACACAAUCAUGGUUGGCUUCGAGACCACUAACCGAUGACCUUGAAAAACUUAAAUCGAACCUUUCGAUUGCUACGAAUCGAACAUUUGAGUCUACAGCUGUAAUCUCAGAUCUCCAAUUGAAGAUCGACGCUACCAAUUUGAGCUUCAAAUCCAAAACAAAGGAACAACUCAGCACCAAGAAGAUAAUCGGUGAAUUAUCUGAAACUGUUGAUAUUGCUCACAAAGAAUUGGAAACGAUCAAAAAAGAAAUAUAUGAAGAGCGAAAAAUGAGAUCGAAACUAAAACAAGUCCUGCGGAUGAGAAGGCAAAAGCUACGGACAUUAAAUGUCACUCUCCAAGCUACAGAGAUGGAAUCAGAUGCUUUUGCAGAAUCAGCAGCAGAGGCACUUGAGCAUAUCAAGAAUUCGGAAACGGACAAUAAAAACGUUGUUCAGAUCACUCAGGAAGAAUAUUAUUGCUUAGUGGAGAAAGCUAAAGAGGAAACGGCACUUGCAGAAUGGCGGAUUUCGCUCUUCACGAAACAGAAAUUCGCUGCUGAGGUAAGUCGAAACUCGUGCCUAUCAGGAUUGAAACAACUAAAAAGGAACGAAAGCAAAGGCAGAGAAACUAAUGAAGAUGAAAAUAUUAUUGAUAAAGUAAAAGAAGAAGAAGAAUCUCCAACUCGAGGAUCUGCUCUUCUCGAAGUUCGGGAAAAAACUACUGAUAAGUUAGAUCAGAAUUUACAAAAGCCGAGGAGAAGAUCAAGAUGUAGUAAUAGAAAGAAUACGAAAAAGAAACCAUCAAUUUUAAUUCGCGUAAAAAGCUUUCUUGUAAGGAGCAUAGCAAGGUUAUUUCGAUGAUUGAAAAUGUCAUUUAAGAGCUAUAA